CUUUUGUUUUGUUCUGAUUUUGCAGGCAGAGACGUUUGUUUGGGUUAACAAUGCAUCAGCACAUUCCCAGAGUGUUGCCAAGGCCAAAUACGAAUUUUUAUUUGGCAAAUCUGAAGAGAAAACUCCAGAUACUAGUGAUCAUGGAGGAAGCACUUUACUGCCCCCGAAUGUCACAAAUGAAUUUCCAGAAUAUGGGACCAUGGAGGAGAGUGCCGAUGGCCUAAGAACUUCCCUCGAAUUUGAUGCAGCAUCUGUGCCAUGCUGCCCACAGAGGCAGCAGGGGGUCCCGCUUCUUGCCGGCCACCACUCUGGGCUCGACAGUGUUACAGAAGGACCAAAAGAUGUUGGAGAGGCCUCCUCUCAAAGUCACCUCAAGGAACAAAGUUUACAACCCAUAGACUCUUUGAUUUCAGCUCUGAAAGCUACAGAAGCCAGAAUAGCUUCAGGAACGUUACAGGCUACAAAGGUACUGGACAGAGAUGCUGUUUCUAGUCUUUCGGGUCAGCGGGUGGAAGAAGAGCCGGGCACUGCCAGUCAUCAGACACAGCCAGCCAGCAAACCGUUCCCUGCGGGCCAAGAAAAACCACCAGAUAUACCUCUUUCAGCUGAAGUCACAGCGGAGGAAAAUUCUCAUUUGAGCAUCCAGAGUGAUCUGACUGUGCUAUUAAGUGGAGAAGCUCAGGCAGAGCUUUCCCAGAUAACUACUAAUGGGAGGAAAGGAGCUCUCUGUGUGCAGGAGCCAGCUUGUCCAGGAUCCUCCCUGGGGAGCCCAGCAGCGGCCCACGGCUCUGCGGGCAGUGAUGGUUUUCUAAGGGAGGGGGCGAGGCAGCACCCAGGGGGAUGUGACCGAGGCAGCGCCACGGGACGGCCUGGCCGGGUCAAACACGUGGAAUUCGAAGGGGUGGAAAUACUGUGGACAGGAGGGGAGAAAAGAGAGACGCGGCAGCCUGUGGAUUUUGAGACAUCCUUGGAAAGGACUACCUCUCUCGAAAGCCAAGGGCUUUCCACAGUGCCAGGCCACCUCAUCUCGUCUGCUGGUUUGUGUAACUCGGUGGGUUUCACUGAGAGGGUUAGGGGUGAAACCUGGAGAGGUCCUUCAGAGACAUUUUCCCCCGCGCCUCUUGUUGAGAGUGGAGACCAUGAAGUCUUCCUAAGGGAAUACGGAGACCGUCUUGAGAAGGAACCUGAACUGGAGAGAGACAAGGAGAGGGUUCUUGAACAAGAGGAGCACUUCAUGGGAGGAGAGGAUGACAUCCUUGGGCCCGGGUACACAGAGGACUCCACUGAUGUGUUCAGCUCCCAGUUUGAAACCAUUUUGGACAACACUUCUUUAUACUACAGUGCUGAGUCCUUGGAGACGCUGUACUCAGAGCCUGAUAGCUAUUUCAGCUUUGAGAUGCCCCUCACUCCCAUGAUACAGCAGCGCAUUAAAGAAGGCGGCCAGUUCCUGGAGAGGACGCCAGCGGGGGCACAGCAGGACAUUCUGAGCGUCUCGGCGGAUGGCGGGAUAGUGAUGGGCUGUUCUAGCGGGAUCACCAAUGGGCUCAGUGGCUCUGGCGACUCCAUCUACACGGAAGGCGCCCCGGAGAUUGCCUUCUGGGGAAGGUCUCACAGCCAUGCCACGGUGAAAACGGCCCUGCUGGAGGCUCACGCUGAAAUGGGGAACACUGAAAUCCUGGAGAAGGAGCCCCCGGAGAGCCUCAGCAACGGCACCGGCGGCAACGCAGACGCGGCCAGAAGGCUGGCCAAGCGCCUCUACCAGCUGGACAGGUUCAAAAGGUCGGACGUGGCGAAGCACCUAGGCAAGAACAAUGAAUUUAGCAAACUAGUUGCAGAAGAAUAUCUGAAGUUUUUCGAUUUUACAGGAAUGACGCUGGAUCAGUCUCUCAGGUAUUUUUUUAAAGCAUUUUCUCUUGUGGGAGAAACUCAAGAACGAGAGAGAGUUUUAAUACACUUCUCCAAUAGAUAUUUUUAUUGUAACCCGGAUACCAUUGCUUCACAAGACGGAGUCCACUGCCUCACCUGCGCGAUGAUGCUGCUUAACACAGAUCUCCACGGCCACAAUAUUGGAAAGAAGAUGACCUGCCAGGAGUUCAUUGCAAACCUCCAAGGGGUCAAUGAGGGUGGUGAUUUCUCCAAGGAUCUGCUGAAAGCUCUCUACAACUCCAUCAAGAACGAGAAGCUUGAAUGGGCGGCAGAUGAUGAAGAGAAAAAAAAAUCUCCCUCUGAAGGUACUGAUGAGAAGGCGAAUGGAACACAGCCGAAGACCAUCAGCCGCAUUGGGAGCACCACCAACCCGUUCUUGGACAUUCCCCACGACCCAAACGCCGCCGUGUACAAAAGGGGGUUCCUGGCCCGGAAGAUCCACGCAGAUAUGGAUGGAAAGAAGACUCCAAGAGGAAAGCGAGGAUGGAAAACCUUUUAUGCUGUACUAAAGGGAACAAUUCUUUACUUGCAAAAGGAUGAAUAUAAGCCAGAAAAGUCUCUGUCUGAGGAGGACUUGAAAAAUGCAGUGAGUGUGCACCACGCACUGGCGUCCAAGGCCACGGACUACGAGAAGAAGCCGAACGUGCUGAAGCUGAAAACCGCCGACUGGAGGGUCUUGCUCUUUCAAGCCCAGAGUCCAGAGGAAAUGCAAGGGUGGAUAAACAAAAUCAACUGCGUUGCAGCUGUGUUUUCUGCACCACCAUUUCCAGCAGCCAUUGGGUCUCAGAAGAAGUUCAGUCGCCCGCUUCUGCCUGCCACUACAACAAAACUGUCUCAGGAGGAACAGCUGAAAUCUCACGAAAGUAAACUGAAGCAGAUUACCACCGAGCUGGCCGAGCACCGCUCAUACCCCCCGGACAAGAAAGUGAAAGCCAAGGAGAUAGAUGAGUACAAACUGAAAGACCACUACCUGGAGUUUGAGCAAACCCGGUAUGAAACUUACGUCAGCAUUCUAAAAGGAGGCGGCAAGAAGCUCCUGAGUAACAAUGAAAGUGAGGCCCCAGGACUGAAGAAGUCGCAUUCGAGUCCUUCGCUGAACCCCGAUUCAUCUCCGGUCACUGCCAAAGUCAAGCGCAACGUGUCGGAGCGGAAAGACCACCGACCCGAAACACCCAGCAUUAAGCAAAAAGUUACUUAGAAUCCGUCUGCAGCCAGGAAAGGGCUGGUCAUGGAGCAAAAUAGAGUUUUUCAAGAUCUUUCUGGUAAAUUGGUGAAUAUAUCUAUAAAAAAAAAAAAGUCUGUGACUUAAUGGUGCAUUAGUAACCUUUUCUAUUGUAUAUUUUUGUUAGUUUCUGUACAGAUUGUCUCUUCGCUCUUGAUUUCUUUGCUUUGAUGAUUUUUGCUACUUGAUAACUAAUGCACCUUUUGUGAGGGGGAGGGAUCAUGAUUUCAGAGUGAAUUGUGUAUCACUUCUCCUUUGGUUUUCUCUAGUUUGCACUCUCUCAGUUGUUCUGUGUAUUCUCAAACCAACUGUUACUUUUUUUUUUAAGGUUAAAACAUUGAAUCCAUUGUGAAACACUUUACUGGACAGACUUUGUAGUUUAGUAGAUUCUAGCCAGAGUUAAUGCAAACCUUUCCAUGUGAAUUCUUGCCCAGUCACAGAGGUGGAAUUGAGCACUCACGGAACUGGAUUCGGAGUUACAGUCCUGGAACCCAGGCGUUCCGCGGCGACGCCUCCGUGCCUGCCCGCGGCGCGGACUGUUGAGCUCCGGCCCUGCCCGAAGCAGGGCAAGGGGUGCAGAGAUCGAAGGACUGGAGAACUUAGGAAGCACGUGAGCUUGCUCCAAGUGCCGAGUUCAUUUCAGCCAAGCAAGGAGAGAGAAAGUGGAACCUUUUUGCCGUUGAAGGUUGAGGAAAGAUGACACCAAGUCCGUUUUGUUCUCUAAAGAAUCAUGACAAUGAUCGACUCUCGGGAGCUGCAGCAUUAGGCAUGUGUUAAGUCCACAGGAAAUUGUUAACUCAUUCCCACAGGGUCUAGACUAGGAAUCCAGAAUCAUCUCUAUUGUCAGUACCCUCCAUCCAGGAGUGUAUGUAUGUAUAGGCAUGGUGUUAUAUCUCCUGGUUGUAAGAAUAUCAGGGUCUUAAGCAAAACAAAGUAAGAGAGGAAAGAGUAGCUGCAGUUUUCCAGCAAAGGAAUAUUCUUGAAAAGCAAUCUGAACGUGAUACAUAGUCUGAAUGAACUGUGGUUGGAAAACUGAGGAAUCUGUUGGUUGCAUACACAGAGUAACUUAGUUUAUUCUUACCUUAGUCUCUUUGAGAGCCACUUCUCUCUGCUCCUACUGAACUUUCUCCUAAAAAUAAAUACUUUAUUCUAAAUCAUUUCUUUCUUUCUACUUAAAAUAGUUCUAUUGACCUUAAAGUCAUGAGCUUGUUACAGUGAAUGGUCCCUUUGAAUUUCAGGGCGAUAAAAAGAAUAGUCUCUUGUAAAGGAAGAGAUAGGAGUGAAAAUUGAGCUGGCUAUGAGUUAGAACUUUCUGAUUUUGAAACCUUGAGACUUUGUGGUCCUUAAAGCUAUAAUCUCCACAACUUCAGAACUAAUGGAAUCACUCUGAAUACUCUUUUCCCUUCCACGGAAGUUCGCUCUAGUUCUACUCAGUUUAUUACUUAAAGGUACUAUGACCAAAGAAUCAGGGACUCUGCAUGAACAGCAUGGUUCCAGUGAAUUAGAGAAAACCUGCUCUUAAACCAUGGUCAUUUCUAGUGGCAUUUAAUUACAGGAUUAUUUAUUCUCAUUUGCUUCCUUCACCUAUAUAAAUGUUCCUAUUUGAUGGUGCCCAGAGAAGAGAAACCCUCUCUAAGGUUAAAGCUGCUUGCUUUGUGAUAAGUGUUUUGCCACGCCUCUAAAAAGCUCACUCUAACCCUCUGUCUUGUUUAGGUAAAGGCAACGACUAAAUUUAUGUUUCUGAACCAAGAAACAGGAUAGUUACCUAUAGUGCCGGUAGAUCUGAUUCAUUUCUGUAGCUUCUGACUGAAUUCCGAUUCCCACGAGGGAAUCUUCUUUCUUCCUAGAAUCUGAAACAACCCGCCUGCCUGUUUCCUGCCUAGACAUUUAUCCCGAGCCGAGGGGAGAGAGGUACCUAGAGCAUGUCAUCUGUGAGCUUCAGUAACUAAAGAAAAGUGAACAUCCCUGACUGGCUUGAAUGUGUCUGCCCACAGUGUGAGUGUGUCUGUGUACAUAGAGUGUCUCUGUGUGUUUUAUUUGUAGUAUUUAAUAAUCAGAAUGGUACCUUGCUACCGAGCCCGGCGUUCGGAGCAGUUCAGAGCGACUCGGUCAGCACAGCCGGGCAUUGCUCCCUUGUAGGACUCACUGAUGUGUCUCCCGGGACUUCUGCUGUGCUGACAGGUCAUUGGAUGAGAAGGGCACCUUUGAGGCUGCGGCACACUGUGUUUGCCUAGUUUAUCUUUAAAGACAACUGCAAGGUUAUUUGGUGAGCCAGGGCGGCAGAUUGCCCUGCCCCGAUGUUGUCCAUCACUAGGGGAUGGGCUGAGAACACCUCCUCCCUGAGGCCUCUCAGGCUUCUGUCUGUUGUCAGAAACCUCGCAGGUCAAGAGUUUAUCCUGUAGGAGGAGGUGGCCCCUGGUUUGAGUAGAUUCUGAGGAUCUUGCCCAUAGCCAACCCUGUUUUCUGUUGCGAUGAUUUGUCUCCUAUAGUAUCUAGUCAGAAGGAAUCGAAGACAUUCCAUCCACAGCUAACCCAGGCCUACUGCCUAAUUCACGGUACAGGGGAGCCCUCCUCCUCUCCUGAAGGUACGCCCCCCACCCCACUCCUCUCCCACCUCAGCGUCAGGAGCCUUGGGGUUUCUCUCCACAUUUUAAAUCAGUUUCUCUUCCAUUAAACACGCUUCAUAUUAAUCUUCAGUCUAGAAAAUCCUAAUCCUCCUCAAAGACUUCCAUGGCAGUGCUGUCACCCAGUUAACAGAAGUGGCCCGUGUGUUAAGUCUCUGAGUGUUUCCGGGGUGGUUCCCCCACCUCCUGUGUUGGCUCUUGCCGGGAGGUGUCAGGAAUUCUUUGUUGGGGAUCAGAAGUUAUGUACUAGCAGGCAGAGUCCUUAUUUGAUUGCCCAGGCCAUAGAUAUUAUUUGAAGUGCACUUUUUCAAAAACAUCCUAUUAUUAACCUUAGCAAUGCCUCAUUAAGCCAAGCGAUGCUUCUGUGCAUUUUAAUUCCUCUCCGCAAGCCCAGCAUGUGGGAGAGCCCCCGUUGGCCCGGAGUCCCUGGGUAGAGAGCAGCCGCCGGAGACCCUCGGUGCUUCUCCGGCUGCUUCCUAGUUAAAAGUGAAGUGAGGGAAUUAGCCCUGGGCCAGGAGGGCUGGCUGGCUUUCCAAGGCCUGGCUGGGUUGGUCUCUUGAGCUCGAUCUCACCCUGUGGCCACAGCGCAGCGCUUCUGAGGCUGGAGAGGAAUUGAGACGACCAGUGGGGGAGGAGGCCCUUUGCGGCCGAAGCACAGAGUUCCCGGGCUUUCUGCUGGCCCUUGCCCGCUGCUCCCAAUGUCGUGGAAGGAGCCUGGAGGGUGUUCCUAGGUGAGGCAGGGCCUGCUGCAGCCAGGAGCGGCCUCCUCUCGGCCUUUAUCCCUAAUCGUAGGCAGUUGGAAGAAAAUUGACCUUAAAGUAGCUCCUUUAUUGUCGUCCUAUCAAGACUGUCUUGGGUUUGGUUAGUUGUCUUGAAAUUUGAAUUCCUUUGGUAUUUUCUCUUGUAGCCAUCAGUUAAGUUUUUUUAAGUCUGAAUUCCCAGGGAGUUAAUUACCUUGUUGGUGCAAAUCUCUGCCGUUUCGCUCUCGUGGACCCUGUCCAGUGUUCAGCAGGUCGGUAGCCACCUUCCUUCAUUUCAGCAGUGAACAACCCCUCGCUUUUCAAAUGGCAGAACUGUUCCCAGUUGUAAAUUUAGCACUGGUAACAAGCCACAGUGGCAUCCUGGGACCUGGGAGAAGUAGAGUCUGGUUAUGAGUAAUCAUGUGAUUUGGGGUUUCACUAGCACCUGCUUUUCUCACAGAGCAUCUAAGUUACCCCGACAGAGAAAGAUCCGUCACCGUUGCAGGCAGAUGAGCCUCUGGGCCGACCAUGCUCCAGAGCUCUCGGCUGUGUCUCCUCCCAGGCCAGGCCACCCGUCUGCCCCCUCAACAGAUCUCUCAGCCAGCUUUCGACAUCUCACCAUCGAGUCACCCAGAGGACUUUAGAGAUCAGUAGUUCACCACAGAAUGCUCCCAGCAAGGGAGAGAGAGCUGCUUGCUCACUGCCUGUCCUCUCAGAUUCCUUUUCAGUGUCUCCCUCCUGCAGGAGGACUGGAGCCCGAAGUCCUUGCCUUUCUCACGUUGUACCUGUAGUAUCCGAAACCCAAGCGGGCAGCCCUCUGCUAGGUCAGUGCGUGCAGAGAGAAUGUCUUCAUAGGGAGAGUGUCGGCAAUACUUGAAUCUGCAUGACAGUUUGUUGACUUGAAUGCAACGGCAAGAAAAUAUCGCAAGUUAAAUAACUGUAUAUACCGUAGGCUUCCUUCCGUCUCUUCGGCUCACCCUGUGUAACGUUUGUGUGCAUCUGUAGUAUUGCAGGCUUCUGGGAAAUAUUCAUGUAGAUAGUAUGUCAGGCGUCCAUGUUGUGUCUGUGGGUAUUUAUGCCUGUGUGUAUAUAUAUGUACCCCUGUGUGGAUUGUAUAUCAGUAUAUGGUAUAUGUACAUCCAAUUUAUUUUUGUCCUUAAUAACCAGUGUGACAACGAAAAGCAAGUAAAAACCUCAUAGGAUCAAAUAUAUAAUGCAGUUCUUGAGAAUAUAUAUAGUGGUACUGUUUAUUCAACUUAAAUUCAAAUGAUAUUUUGAUUAAAUUUUUGUAAUAAUAAGAUUUUAUGCUAGCAAAUCCCAUCUUUGAGCUUCGAAUCACCAGGGCAGAAAGGCCUCUGAACUAACCUGGAGAUUCUACUUCAGUGUCCUGAGUACAACACGGGGGCGGAGCGGGGAGCUCAUUAGAAUUUGGGGUGACAGAAAGGGGGAGAUACAAAACACAAACUAAAAAAAAACACACAAAAAACAGGCAAUCUUAGCAACUUCAGUAUUAAGAGCACUUAAACAUAACGUCAAACUGACGGUUUGGGGCUUUUUACAAAAGGUGAUGCUUUCAAGUGCACGUUCUCUGUUGUUGUAAUUAGUCCAGGACAGUAGAGCUUUCGGGAGAACGAAGUAAGUCCCCACCGUGUCACUUAGGCCCCUGUGGCUGUUCUGUAGUAGAUCAGACCACUCCCCUCAGGCCGCACCCCUGCUCCCCUGAAGAAACAGUGCACACGCCGAAGCAUAUCAGGGCUUCCCCGAUCGGAUACUGUACUCUAGGCUCGCAGUUGCACAAACUAGCAUCUAGUGUCACAGGUAAAAGAAUUUUAGGACAGGCUACGGACCAGGUUGAAACUUUAUUUAAUAUUUUUAUACGUAGGCCUCUUUUCCUGCCUCUCCCCAAAGAAGAGCCACUGGCCUUAGUUGUUUGAGCUUACUGCUUAUCUGGCAGCGUGUACAUAGAUGAUGACAAGGUUAAAAUUUUAUUGACCAGCAUGUUUGGUGUACUUACAGCCGCAUCCGAGUGUGUCUGAGUGCGUGGUUGAGGCCGGUGUGUCAGAUCGGACACACGGCCUCACGCUCGCGUCUGAUCCUGGUUCAGAGAGUUGGUGUGUGGAGUGGAGACCAGUCUUUGGCUGCGGGCUGCAGUGGUGUGUUGGUAGUUAACUUGAGCUUUUUUUUUUUAAUGAACUCUACAGUCUCAAACUAUUUUUGCAAAUCUACCAUAUUUUCUGAUUUGUUCUUGACGUGCGGUGACCUGGCUCUGUGACUGUAGCAGGGUCUUUGUUCUGCGAGAGUGUGUUUCCUUCUAAGUAUUGUAGUGCUUUGCAGAAAUCGUACACAAAAGGAGUAGCAAAAAUAAAAAAGCUUCAUUUUGGGCCUUAAUUAUUUGAAAUGUUAGGACUUUCAGCAUAAAGCCAUGUAGGUUAGGAAGCCAAGUAACCUUUGGCACAGAUGAUAAUCUCCGCUCUGCAGAGAGUACAUAUGCACAUUGGUGUUUAAUGCCGUUCGCAUACUUUUUUUAAGCUAUAGGAACAAGAGUAAUUAGACCAAACUAAAGCCGGGGGUGGGGGGAGUGUGAGCUGGUCGCCGUCUCUUUGGGGGUGGACGUGCAUGGGGUCAGCUCUCUGCUCUGAGAGAUCUGGAGCCAGUUUACUGUUCCAUCAGGUGUGUAGGGGAAAGAGUCACACGUCUGGGCCUCUCAAGUGUACGUGCACUUGCACACAUGUGCACACGGUGAAUGUUUUAAGUUCUACAGACUUAAGACACCACAGGCCAGAGUGUUCUAAAGAAGUGAUGGAUAGACAAGGGGGUGGGAAUUGCAUCUCGGGAGUGUUUCCCAAGGGCCAGGGAGGAGUCUGAGCUCGAGUGUCUGACUCUGAGAUGCACUGCAUUUAACAAAUGACUGAGGGGGCACAUAGCACAUCCUUCCUGGUGGACCACCGCACUGGUGCUCGCUUGUCAUUCCCAAGCAGCCGCUCUCCAGCAUCCCUCAGCGGCCUGGGGAAGUGCAGGAAGGCCGGAGUGCACCCUUUUCUAGGGUGACAUUGCUGCUUGCCCUGGAGAUCAUUCGAGAAAAGAAGCGACGAAAGCACUUACCAUAGGAGCACAGCUGUGCUUGUCCACCGCCCCUCUGUGCUGCGCUGCUGAGAGGGAGGUCAGACCGAGGUUUGCUGAACAGCUAAGCACUUUUCCAUCAGCAACAAUGGGAAGGAACUUAGCUAGUUUGUUUCCCUUUGCAGGCCAGAGAGCUAAGCUCUCAUAAAUAGUGUUAUAAAGUAAGCACCUUAACUUCAAUUCCUGAAAAUGAUGGUCAGUGGAGAGAAUAUUUAGAGUUUCACUUAUUAUUUCCCUGGGAGUCUGCCUUGGUCAGUCUUUAGACACAAAGUCCCAGCCGCAAAGCUCAGUGAAGGGCUGCACUGCAGGUCUGAGGCUCCUUGCUCUGACCCCUGACCCUCGGGGUCCACAGAGGGGGUGAUGUAUUCUCUCUGCAAAGAGGAGCUGCGCCUGGCCUUCCCCUCCACUUGGGCUCCCACUGAGCAGCAAGCACAUCCUGAGUUUCACAGGCUCUUUAGGAAUCCAGCAUCCUAAUGGGCUGACCCCGCUGAGGCAAGAUACCAGCUCCAAGAGGUACUGGGUCACCAGGGGUGACACGUGACAAUGGUGUAAAAUAAUUCUCUGACUGAAGCCAAGACACCGGCUGGCACAUUGAGCUCUGAGCACGGAUGGAUGGUAUCUUUGCCUUGGCACCCAGGUUUCUGGAAAUGGAAAACGUCUCAUUUCUGUGGGAAGGGUCAGGAACGCUAGGCUCACAGCUUAGCUGUUCUGCUCAGUCGGACGAGAGCUGUCGGGGCAAGGCCUAGAUGCCUCCCUGCAUUCUCUUCUACCUCACGUCUUAGGAGCCCAUCUCUAGAACAGAAACUUAGGCAAGCGGAGAACCGAUGCUGUCAGCCUUGAUUACUGUGGGCCAGGCGGGGGUGGGGGGGUCCUUUGUGUCUUUAAUAAUAUGUACAUAUAUAUAAAGCAAGCGUUUAACUUUCCAACCUAUUAACUGGAUGUGAUUCACUGUGGCUCAGUCUAAUUGACAGUAACUGGCAGUGUGGAACCUCCCUGUACCUUGAAAGUUUUCUCCGCCAGUCAUUUCAGUUUCAUUGCAGUGCUGGUGCCAUAUGUCCCUGCAAAUUGUGAAAGUAAUUAGUGACAAAGUAGCAGCCUACUCCUUUUCAGUGGCCAGACUGUCAGCUUGAGCAGACUUGGGUGAGCUCGGGUACCGAGUUGUGGACUGGAAACCUGUUCCUCAUCACCACCCACCACACCGAAGACACACAUCUCCUAAAAAAUUAGGGCAUUUAUGGUGGUCAUCUUUCAAACGGAACAGUAAUGUAUGUGGAUAUUGUUAAAGUGUUUAAAGACUAUUUUAAAAAUUAAGUUUACAUUUUACAAUUGCUUUAUUUUUUAUUAAAAUAGUUGUAUAUAAAUAUGACAUUUCACUGUUGUUGAAGUAAACCUGAACCGUGUAGACAAGUGAGUCCCCUGAUGUGUAUAGGAGCCGUGAUAUAUAUA